UCAGCUGUUUUCCUGACCAAUUUCUAACCUAAGUGUUUUGUUAUUGUUACGGAGCCACAACCAUUUAGUUCUCAUCUGGAAAAAGGAAAAAGAAUUAACAAAAUGAAUUCCCUGACUAAAGCUGGAAGUUUUGUCUCUCAAUCAUUGCAAUUUGCCGGAUGUGGGUUCCAACAAGUUCGCAACAAAUGGGCGGAUUGGAAAAUGAUUCGUGAUGUAAAACGCCGCAAGUGUGUGACCGAGCAUGCCAAAGAACGGUUGCGUGUUAAUGCAUUGCGGAAGAACGACAUACUACCAGUAGAGUUAAGAGAAAUUGCCGAUGCUGAAAUUGCUGCAUUUCCCAGAGAUUCCUGUUUGGUACGCGUUCGUGAACGUUGUGCCCUAACUUCCAGACCUCGCGGUGUAGUACACAAAUAUCGCCUCAGUCGUAUUGUGUGGCGUCAUCUGGCUGAUUACAAUAAAUUGUCGGGUGUCCAGAGAGCUAUGUGGUAAAAGCAUACUCAAAGAUAUUGUUAAAAUUGUGUGUUUAUUAAAAAUAAAUGCUAAGAGUAUUAAAAAAUUAAAAUACAUUUGACGAUA